CAGUGUGGCCCUCUUGUCGCCAGAGGAAGAACCUCAGCGGGUACAGUUGAUGAUAGCUGUUAGCGUACAGCACGUACAAGACGUUUGAGUGGUCCCUUGUCAAAGUAACAAUCGCCAUCGACUAACCGAGAGCGAGGGGGUUUAAUCGAGGCACGCCGACGACGACUUUUCCAAGAUGAGCUUUCUAUUUAGUAGUCGCUCAUCCAAGACCUUCAAGCCCAAGAAAAACAUCCCAGAGGGCUCCCAUCAGUAUGAACUGUUGAAACAUGCUGAGGCUACGCUGGGCAGUGGGAACCUGAGGCAGGCAGUCAUGCUGCCAGAGGGAGAAGAUCUCAAUGAGUGGAUCGCUGUCAACACGGUGGAUUUCUUCAACCAGAUCAACAUGUUGUACGGCACCAUUACAGAGUUCUGUACUGAGGCUAGCUGUUCGGUCAUGUCUGCUGGGCCCAGAUACGAGUACCACUGGGCUGACGGCACCAAUAUUAAAAAGCCUAUCAAAUGCUCUGCGCCCAAGUACAUAGAUUAUCUGAUGACUUGGGUCCAAGACCAGCUCGAUGACGAGACUCUUUUUCCCUCCAAGAUUGGGGUUCCGUUUCCCAAGAACUUCAUGUCUGUGGCCAAAACCAUCCUGAAGCGCCUUUUCAGGGUUUAUGCACACAUCUACCAUCAGCAUUUCGACUCAGUGAUGCAGCUGCAGGAGGAGGCUCACCUCAACACCUCCUUCAAGCACUUCAUAUUCUUUGUCCAGGAAUUCAACCUUAUCGACCGACGAGAGCUCGCUCCCCUGCAGGAUUUGAUUGAGAAGCUUGGUUCCAAGGACAGAUAGACAUUACACCACACUCCUCCCCUUACUUUUAUGCUUUUGAUCACUUUCUUUUUCAUCCCUCUUCUUGGCCUCUGCUACCUCCGUGACUUCAGGUCUCAACUCAGUGUGUGCCUUCUUGUCAUUCCUUUCAGCUGAGCAUUUGGAUUGUACCAUUUCUUGUGAUCCGUUUGCUGUCUUUCACUACUGUCUGAACCUCCACGCAUAACUUUCUACUCCCUUUAUUUUGUCCUAUUGGCUUUUAAUUUGCAUUGUGUAUUAAAUGUAUUCUUUGCAGGACUGGUUAAUAAGGAAAAAUAACAUGUUUUGUUUACUUUUUAAUUGGACCAAGAACAUUUGGAAGUGGAAUUGAGUUGUUUCCUCUUUUAAAAGCUGGUUAAUGCUGUUUUUUCAUAUUCAUUGUUGAACUGUUUUCACUGAACAAAUAUCCAGUUCUUACAUUUAAAUCAGGUCCUACUAUAUCAUUUGAGUAAAGCAAAACAUUUUUAGAAGUUAGUAGGUGAACCAAACAACACGUUUUCAGUCCCAAAUCAAGACGUUUGAUGUGCUUGAUGUAGUGUAAGGCAAUACAAUGCAUUGACAGGUGAUUGUGAGAAGCCUUUUUCACAUAUAUGACUACAUUUCUUGUCCGUUUUCCAGGUAUUUUCAUGAAUAUAGAUAUAAGAUAAAGUAAAGGGCCUCCAGUAAACAGGUGUAUAGUGAAAAUACAAUUUAUAGAAAGACGUGGAAUGUAGAUUUGUAGUUAAAAUAGAUAUUUUUGUUAGGUUAUUUCUAUGGUGCCGAUCGUUUGUGGAACUGUGGAUAGUUGAGUGUUUCCUCAGUGUUGGUACUUAUUUCCCUAGAGGUUAACAUUUAUUGCCUCUGCGCCAAGAGGGCAAAAUAAUGUAAAUAUAACAGUCAUGAUCCUGUCUUGAACUCAGGCUACAGCAGCUGGGCUGUGUGUACUGCCAUCUUUUUACUAACCAAUUGCAGCUGGGAUUCUAAUGGAUGUUUUGGAUUUGGCAACAUUGACUGCAAAUGGACCUUAAUUCCUGACAUAAGGGGUGUUCACACGGCAACGUUUACUCCUUAUGAACAUCAGGAACCAGCAGCUGCCAUCUGCUGUAGUAAUGUUUCAGUAAUUACAAGUAGACAUUCCUUCUCUUUCUUUUUUAAUUUACUUCCUCAAAAAAAGCCCUUCUUGUUGAUUUUAAUAUUACAGCAAGCAUGUCAAAUCUAGUCCCGUGUGUAUUCCAGCCACAUUUCAUAUUUUUAUACAUGUAGGCUCAGAAAGAACAAGGGCUUGUGAAUCACCCGAGGAUUUUACGGAAUCCCUUGGUGGUCACUGACUGGUAGGGGAUGCACAAAUGUACAAGUAUGUAAUGUGUCCAAACAUUUGCUGUAAAUAGAUCAGCAUUUUUAUCUGAUAAAGCUGUGCCUUUACAUUGUUGAAAUGUCUUGAUAUGACUGUAUUGGCAGAUUUAAAGCUCAAUAAAAAACAAUAAUAACAUCAGGA